UUGCAACUGCUACAUGAAGCCGCUACGUAGCGCUACGUAGCGCUAGCUUCGGCUAAACACACCCAACGCUCAGUGUCAAAGCGCCAGUGUCUGCAUGAGAAUUCAGCCUUAUUUCUGAUUAUUUUUGAUAAGAUAUUUACAAUUUGCGACGGGUUAUUUGCGACGGAAAUAAUUAAAUAAACACCGAUAUCUGACAUAAAAAAUCGAUGCAUCGAUGUAAUGAUAAGGAAAACAUCGAACCAAUUAAUCGAUUAUUAAAAAGAAAACUAUCGUUCAUUUCGAUUAAUCGUAAAAUAUCGCCCAUCCCUAGCACUAGCACAUGGCGUAUAGAGACGUAUAGGAUUAGGAUUCUGAAUUUGGAAUUUUUUUAUACAGUUAGGUUAAAUGGGUCGUAAAGGAAAAUUUGAUGAAAAUGUUUCUAGUGGAUGUAGAAAAAAGGCUAAAAAGCAGAGUGAGCCCACCUUCCCAAAAGGAAUCCUAAUUAAAGAAACAAAACUAAGUCAUCAUCAAAAACAAAGAGCAAAAAAGAGAUUAUUGAAGAAACAACAGCUAAAAGAAAAUGCAAAAAAAAUAAUCGACAAGAAAAGUCUGAAAGAAGGACAGAUACAUAUAAUACAAAUGAAGAGUGGCAAAGAAAUAGGAUCGAAAUUGAAAAAAAAGGAAAAGAACAAUCUAUUUGCUGAUCAUCAUAAUGAAGUAGAAAUAUAUUCUAAUAACCUAUUAAGGUCAGAAAUACAAAAGAAACAAAAUAAACAAGGAAAGAAAAUUAAGCAAAAACCUAUAAUUAAAAAUGUAGAAGGCAAUAGUGAUAAUUAUAGUGAAGAGGUUAGUGAUAAUUUUAGAGAUAAGCAAGAUGAAAAUAUGAACGGCACUGAUGUUGAAAAUAAAAAAAUAGAUCUAUACGAAGAAGAUAUGAGUGAUAAUGAUACUGAAGAUGUAGAAAUGAAACAAGAUGGGACAAAUAUAAGUGAUAAUAAGGAUGAUGAAACAAAAGAAAAUGAAAAGAUUAUGAAUGAAAACAAUGAAAUAGAUCAAGAUGAAAAAGAUAUGAAUAAUGACAAUAAAUUGUUCCUUACAGCGAAAGCUAAACAAAUUUCAAAGAAAGUAAAACAGGAAAUUAUGGAUAUCACAGAAAGUGAUAGUGAUGAAAUAAUAUCUAGUGAGGAAGAAUCUGUUGAAGAUGAGCAGAAAGAUGAAGAAAAAGAAACAAGUGAUAAUAGUGAUGAUGAUUUACUUUCAAUAGAAAAAGCUAGCAAAAAAUUAAAACAGAAGAAGCAAAACGAAGAAAAGCUUGCGCAGGAAGAAAUGGAGGACAUGAUGGUUCAACAAAGUAAAUUUUCUUUUCCAAAUGAAGAAGAACUUGCUGAUAUCACUAACUUAAAAAAUAUUCAACAGCGAAUGCAAGAUGUUAUUACAAUAUUAUCAAAUUUCAAGAAAAUGAGAGAUAAAAAUAGGUCACGUUCUGAAUACAUCGAUUUACUUCGACGAUAUUUAUGUACAUAUUAUAGUUACAAUGAUUUUUUAAUGGAAAAGUUAAUCCAGUUAUUUCAAUUGAAUGAAUUAUUAGAAUUUCUGGAAGCCAGUGAAGUACAAAGGCCUAUGACCAUUCGUACUAAUACUCUGAAAACGCGACGGCGCGAUCUAGCAGAAGCUUUAAUCGCAAGAGGAGUCAAUGUCGAUCCAUUAGGAAAAUGGACAAAAAUUGGUCUAGUAAUAUAUUCUUCACAGGUGCCUAUUGGUGCAACACCAGAAUAUCUUGCUGGACACUAUAUGAUACAAGGCGCUUCUAGUUUAUUACCAGUUAUGACGUUAGAUCCAAAAGAAAAUGAAAGAAUUCUCGAUAUAUGUGCCGCACCAGGCGGUAAAGCCUCGCAUAUUGCUGCUUUAAUGAAGAAUACUGGAAUCUUAUUCGCGAAUGAUAUAAAUAAAGAUCGACUAAAGGCUGCCAUUGGCAAUUUCCAUAGGCUUGGUGUUGUCAAUUCUAUAAUUUGCAGUUAUGAUGGGAGAAAAUUCCCUAUGAUUAUGAAAGGAUUCGACAGAGUUUUGCUGGAUGCUCCAUGUACAGGCACAGGAAUAGUAGCAAAAGAUCCCAGUGUAAAAAUUGAUAAAGAGGAAGUAGAUAUCCAACGUUGUUGCACGUUGCAGAGAGAGUUAUUGUUGGCUGCAAUAGAUUGUGUUAACGCGCAUUCAAAAACUGGUGGCAUUAUUGUCUACUCGACUUGUUCAAUUCUGCCGGAGGAGAAUGAAUGGAUCAUUGAUUAUGCGCUAAGGAAGCGCGACGUCAGAUUAGUUGACACAGGAAUUGGUUUCGGAACUGAUGGUUUCACGACUUACAGGCAACUUCGAUUUCAUCCUUCACUGAAACUGACUAAACGAUUUUAUCCGCAUAUACAUAAUAUGGAUGGUUUUUUUGUAGCAAAACUGCAGAAAUUUUCUAAUAAUAUUCCUAAUCAAAAAACUGUAAAGGAAGAAACAUAUGUUUAAAAAUGUUUUAUGGAUUUAUA